AUGAAUUUCCUGCGUCGCCGGUUGUCUGACAGCAGCUUUAUAGCUAAUCUUCCUAACGGCUACAUGACAGACCUCCAGAGAUCUGACCCUCCACCGCCUCCCCCCUCUACAGCCACCCCAGGAGUCACAGCCACAUCCCCAGGACAAGUUCCAGCACCAGCCCCCAACGCUGACCCCCCAGCUCCAGAGUGUGGGCCCCAGCCUGCCCCAGCCCCGGCCCCCUCUUCAGGCUCUGGGUUCUUCAGCUCCCUGACCUCCCUGAGUUCCAUCACUAACGUGGUAAAACAGACAGCAGUGUCAGCUGGCUUGGUGGAUCAGAACCCAGCACCCGGGCCUGGUCCUGUCUCCAUGAGAUUUAAGAUACUGCUGGUCAUCGACGAGCAGCAGAUUGUGUGGACAACACUCAUUGGUAUCAGACGGAUGCAGCUACUGCAACACUGGACUGGCCUGAGGCUGCAGGGGAAACUCACUGCUCUGGACUGUGCUGACCACUCUGUCUCCCAUUCCAUGUACCAGAAUGCUCCCAUUGCCAGCGAGGCGGCGUUCUCAGAGAUCAACCUGGUAUCCCAUGCCAACGGGUCGUGUAACGUGGACAUACAGUUGAUCAGGAACGGAACCAAAGUGGUGAGGUCCAUUAAACCUGACUUUGUCCUGAUGAGGCAGCAUGCCUAUAGCAUGGCCCACAAUGAGGACUUCAGGAACAUGAUCAUCGGCCUGCAGUACGCAGGAGUCCCCAGCAUCAACUCACUGGAGUCCAUCUACAGCCUCUGUGACAAGCCCUGGGCGUUUGCCCAGCUGAUUGCCACCUGUAAGAAGCUAGGCCCUGACAAGUUCCCUCUGAUCGACCAGACCUUCUACCCAAACCACAAGGACAUGAUCUCCAUGCCCUCUUUCCCUGUGGUGGUGAAGAUAGGACACGCGCACUCUGGAAUGGGAAAGGUAAAGGUGGAUAAUCUGAGUGACUUCCAGGACAUAGCCAGUGUGGUAGCCAUCACUCAGACUUACACCACCACAGAACCAUUCAUAGAUGCCAAGUACAACAUCAGGGUCCAGCGGAUUGGCAGCGAUUAUAAGGCUUACAUGUAA